CACUUGGCAAGAGGGGAAGUGUUUCUGGGAGGGACCUCUCCGCUGUUUAUUUCCGGUGAAAGGCGGAGGUGGCUUGUGGAGUGUAUAAUCAUCGUUGUUGCCAUGGGAGCUCACCUGGUAAGACGGUAUGUCACCGAGACGGACACCGAGCCGGACCCGACCAAGAAGUACGAGUUCGACCCCCAGUUCGGCUUUGAAGAGAGGGAAGCGAGAGAGAUGGUAGCCACCCAGGAUCAGAUGAACUUGGCCCAGCUGCCUCUGGAGCAGAGGGACUACUGUGCCCAGCACCUCCUGAAGUUCAUGAAGUGCAAGAGGGACACCUGGCCCAACUUCCUGGCCUGCAAGGAUGAGAGACACGACUGGGACUACUGCGAACACCAGGACUACGUGAUGCGUAUGAAGGAGUACGAGAGAGAGAGGAGGCUCCAGCUGAGGAAGAAAAGAAUCCAGUCUCAGCCUGAAGCUGCAUGAUCACAGCUGAUGCUUCUUCUCUGUAUAUAUGUGCCGCUGUCCACAAUAAACACGAUUGUUUAACCUCUACAA